AUGCAUACGGCCCGACCAGACCAGACCCAUUGGCACCGCGAAAUGAGCUUCGUCGGCAGUCCCAAUAUAGGCGCCACUCUUCUCAGAGGAGAUCCCGUCGUACGCGACAUUGAGCAAUGGUGUCUGCGCAAAGGGCAUAACGAUGAAGUCGAGCCCGCCUUGGCCGUUCUCUUUUUCAACACAGACUCCGCUGCUGAGCACUAUGCUCAGAUCAAGGCCCACGUUGCCGCACAGGCUGGUGUAGGCUAUUGGGCUUACGAGAUGCCCCCGGGUGCGUCUUCAGCCGAGGUGAAAAGCCAGAUUCAGCGCCUGAACCAGGAUAAAAACAUCCACGGCAUAUUGAUCCAGCGUCCGCUGCCAGAGCAUCUUGAUGAACUCAAGAUCAUGGCGUCCGUCAACCCGUUAAAAAACAUUGAGGAGUAUUGUGAUGGUCAGACGGCCAACAUUGUCGCUGAUGCCCUUACUCGCUUGCUCUCUAAGUAUGGAAAACUCGACCUGGCUCGACAGUCCACCAUCCAUAUCGCAGGGUUUGGCAACAUGAUUACCGACGGCUUCAUUUCUCACAUGAGGCAUCAUUAUCCUCACGUUAGCGUCACUCCACAUCUACCGCGCAACGGCGAUAAAAAUCUCUCAGCCCAUCAGUUCAACGAACACGACAACGAACAGCAGCACUCCCUGCUUGUCACAGAGCUCCAUCACGGACCUGGAUAUAUCACGACCGAGAAAGUUCCCUUGGACGUUGUUACAAUCGUCGAUUUGGGAUUCUACACCACAGCGAAUGGUACAAUUGUUGGCGACGUGGACCACAAGGUGUAUGAAGAGGCGGGAUUAGCCAUUGCUCCCACUCCAGGCGGGUUACUGCCUGUCUUGUUGUGGGUGAUGAUGGAAAGAACAAUUAGAGCCAAACUAAAGCUCGUAGGAAAGAGACCUCCUGGCUGCUGUGCAUGUCAGUGA